CUCGUACAUCGCAAUUCUCGUCUGACUGGUUCUUGUCAGAGAAAUAUCAUCGUUGGCCUCACAUCAGCCUCCAAUUUCCCACUGGUCCGUCACAUCCGCCACAAACGCUGACCAAGGAAGGCUUGGAGACGUCUACAAAAAUUACAUACAAAAUCGCCACUCGGAUCUCUCCAUUUUAUCUUGUUUUCUUCUAAUCCAACUUAAGAGCGACAAGUACAAGCGCCCUUGUAUCUGCGGACGAAGCGGAACCGUCCCCUCUGAACAGACUCGUCUCCUUGUGCCUUGACGUGUCGCACCUUGACCAAGACAGACAAGACUGGGGGUUGAUCCUGUGCUGAUCAGUUCUUUUUCUUCUCUCUCGCUCUCUCCCUCCUUGAAUUCUCGCUUUCUGCGCCCCUGAAUUUCUUGGAAGACCUCAUCGUGCUUGACCCUGAUUCCAAGAAUAGCCUCCAUUCUCCAUUUGUAUAUCUAUCCUAUCUAUAGUGGCCAUUUUUCUUCUUUUUUUCUUUCCCUCAAAACUAGGUUACCUCACUUGGCGCUCCACUCAAAUCAAAGCUACUUAGCGCACUGGGUCCCUAUAAACGCUUCGCCUUGCACUGAGCUGACCCCUCCGGACUCGACUCAACCACUACGCUACGCUACUUGCUCAACCCUGCGAACUGAGCCACGCCCUCGAAUCCAUCGCUUGCUCCAGCCUUCAGCUUCAAAGUCCAAUUUCUUUCAACAACUGCGCAUCUCUUCCACAGGCUUCUUCACCGCCCUCACCCCUCGACAUUUCUAUAACAUUCCUUCGCCAGUCGCUUCCGGACCUUGAUCGCUUCUUUCACACAACAUUGAUUGUCCUUUUCCCUCUCUAGCCUCUCUCUUUUGAUCAAGCAAGCACCCUUUCGCAACUGUUACACCGAAGACCGGCGCGAGCCCACCGCCACACUCACAAUCCCACCAACUAUGAUGGGAUCAAAACAAAUGCCUGAUCGCAAAGAGCUUCGCGAUUACAACUACGCUGUCGCCGGCCAUGCCGGCACGCUUUGUACCCCCGAUGGCGAACUAUUCAUCAAGCCUUGCACGCAGUCCGAGAUCGAUUUCUACCAGUCUGCCAAUCGACGACAUCCCGAAUUCGCCGAUAUAAUGCCAUUGUUUAUGGGAUCCCUCCUACUCACCGAUCCUACUGAGAAGACAAUAGACGAGGCUGUUGCUGGUGUCAUCUCCCACGCCGGAGAUCUCAAGACGUCAAAGGAAGAAAUUGUCGCUUCGGUGACCGAACAGGUUGCUCAUGCUACAGCAGCGACACAACAAAAAGAGGGUGGCGCUUGGGUCCCGGCCAAGGAUAACAAGAUCAAGACCGAUACAGCGGUUGUGCUGGACAAUGCCACCUUUGGCUUCAAGAGCCCCAACAUCCUCGAUGUCAAGUUGGGAGUAAGACUAUGGGCCGACGAUGCCCCUCAACAAAAAAAGCAGCGCUUCGACAAGAUCUCGGCCGAGACGACACACGGUAGCUUGGGAUUCCGGAUAGCAGGAAUGCGGGUCUACCGCGGAUCAGAGGAUGCUUCAGAACUAGACGAGGAAAACUACAAGAUCUACGAUAAGGACUAUGGCCGAACAACAGUCACCCAAGAAAACGUCGUGGACCAGUUCCGAAAAUUCAUCUUCAACAAGAGCGCUGGCAUCGAUGAAGAUCUCGGCAAGGCCAUUUGCGCCGCCUUCAUCCGAGAUCUCCAAAGAGUUGAAGAUAUCCUCUCACGACAUGAAAGCCGAAUGUACUCAUCUUCGCUACUUUUCAUCUUCGAGGGCGAUGGUGAAGCCCUCCGAAGCGCCAUUGAAGAGAACAACGCACUCAUCGACGCAGAGGCAGGUAUCGGCCAAGCAGCUCGAACUACCAAGAGGGUUGAUAGCGGCAUCGCUCUGGACGACGAAGACGAGCUGGACGAAGACUCGGACCUCGAGGCCUCCCUGCCACAAAUAUACUCCCUAAAACUCAUUGACUUUGCCCACGCCGAAUGGACCCCCGGCCAAGGACCCGACGAGAACGCCUUGACGGGUGUGAGGAGUCUUUUACGCAUCUUUGAGGAGAUGGCAUAAAUAUGUUCAUGGAAACGAGAAAAGGGCACCCUUUAUGAUCAUGACAAAAACCAACGGUUUAAAAUGGGGACGGAUAUAAACAAAGCAUUUUGCUUAGACGGAAAUGGAGCUCGAUACCCAUGUGCUGAAGGAUCGAAAGGGGAUCAGACCAAAUGAUCAAACGUAGAAAACAGCCGCGCUGCGCUGCGGCUCGGUGCAAGGCGUCCAUGAUGACAAUUGAUCCUUUACUUUUACUUUGUUCAUGGAGUGUUGCUAUCGACCUAACAUCCUGUGAGAUGUCUGGUCUUGGAUUUGGCGUUGAAGGAUCUGAAUUUAGGUGUAUAAUAUAUAUUUGCAUACAGGAUUAGGCUACGAGGUUAUAAGUAGACCUGAGCAACCUCUACUCUUUCCACUUAUACAUGUGAUACCUUUCGAGGCUGAUAUGCAUGUGAUACAACUACUGGAGAAGUAAUGGGUAGAAUUCGUCACAUACGUGAUAUUUUAUAGAAUGAAAAUGUAAUAGG